ACACACACACACACCAAGGGAAAUUGCAUCAUACGUAUUUUCACGCCCUUCAUAAAUAAAAUCUCCGUUCGUGCCUUUCACGCAGUUCUGUUCCAUUCUUCUGCAUCCUGAAGCUGCGUUUUGUGAACGAUUCGGCAUUUAGGCAAUGGGGAAAAGAAAGUCAAGAGCAAAGCCACCUCCCAAGAAACGUAUGGAUAAGCUUGAUACUGUCUUCAGCUGCCCUUUCUGUAAUCAUGGCAGCGGUGUUGAAUGCCGCAUCGAUAUGAAGAACUUGAUAGGAGAAGCUUCUUGCAGGAUAUGCCAAGAGAGCUUUAGCACUACCAUCACAGCUUUAUCUGAGCCAAUAGACAUAUACAGCGAAUGGAUUGAUGAAUGUGAAAGGGUGAACAACCUGGAAGAUGAUGGUGCUUAGCUGCGGUCUUCAGGGUCUAGAUGUUAUUCUAGGGUAGUCGAGGGAACAUCUGUUAUCUGUACAACUCUGCUUUCACCCACCUGUAAUUAUGUCACUUCCAGUUUUGUGUACUGGUGCUGGUAUAAGCUUAGUUUUUCCGUGUUAGUCACUCCUAGCAAUAGCAUGUACAAGAAUACCAUAUAAUCGCUUGUUUCAAUGAAGCAAACUCGAUAAGAA